AUGGCAGGUAAGAGCGGAUUGGCCGAAGUUACAGCCGUGAUGCGAUCAAACCACGAUGAUGCAGUGAAAGACGGAAUCGACAUCGAUUCGUUCCAAUGGGGUCAGAUCAAGGCCUGGAGACCGACAGCCAUCACCAAGACAGUUCCCAACAUCUCCGAUAGCAACGUAGCACCCUUCGAUUAUAUUCUGGUCACAACGAAAAAUAUCCCUGAUGUUUCUCCCACAGUCGAAGAAAUUAUUGCGUCAGCUGUGACCCCCGGCAAAACAGACAUCGUCCUCUCUCAAAACGGCAUUAACAUCGAGAAGCCCCUCAUUGCCCGGUUUCCCACCAACCCUAUCAUCAGCAGUAAGAUCGGCGCUUAUAAUAGUCCUGAAAUCCCCGCUGGCGAGGCUGAAGAGGCGGCGAAACGCUAUGUGAACAUUUACAAUCCGGAGGGCAAGCUAAAUGUCAUCUAUGAGCCCGAUGUCGCCAAAGUAAGAUGGCGUAAGGUUGCGUACAAUGGCUCGAUGAACCCUGUCGCAUCCAUCCUCCGCAUGGACACGCCCCGCAUGCGGAUGAGCCAGCAUAUUAUCGAUGAUUUGGUCUUGCCCAUAAUGCUAGAGAUUAGAGCCAUUGUUGAGGCUAGUGGCGUUAUACUACAGGCCGAUCUUGUUGAUGCUGUCAUGCAUCAAGAUCCAAACGACACGGCCUUUAAACCUAGCAUGUGUCAAGAUUAUGAGAAAGGGAACCCCAUGGAGAUCGAGAACCUUAUUGGUGAGCCGUUACGCGAGGCUCAAAGGCUAAAUGUUCCAGCACCGACCCUGAAACUGAUAUACGCUAUCAUGAAGGGACUGCGGCUCAAGGUCAAAGAAAGAAAGGGCCUGUGGGUACCAAGGUUUGAGCCUGGGAACCCUUAUGAGUAG